AUGGCUUCCCCCGGGAUUCUCUUGUCAGAGGCGCUGUUCCAAUGCGCCAUCUGCGAAGAAGUGUUCUCCGAGCCCGUGUCCAUUCCCUGCGGUCACAGCUUCUGCCUCAGUUGCAUCACAUCCCGCUGGGACCAGAGCGCCGCCUCCAGCUGCCCCAGAUGCCAAACCGUCUUCGCCGCUCGGCCGGAGCCCUGCGAGAACUCUUUUGCCAGGGAAAUGUCCGAGCGCAUCAGAGCCAGGAGGAGGCAGAUGGACUCUGAGGUUCGGGAGAUGAUCCGGGACCGACUCCGGAAGGUGGCGGAGAUCAAAGACUGCGUGGAGCUCAGCAAAGAAAAGGCCAAGAUGGAAAUGGAGCGCAGCACAGAGAUCUUCUCUGCCCUGUCCCGGACGCUGGAGAAAAGCCAGGUCCAGCUGCUGGAGACCAUCCAGAGGCGGCAGGCCAGCAUGGAGCGGAGAGCCCAGGUGCUGAUGGCGGAGCUGGAGCUGGAGAUCAAGGAGCUGCGUGGGAGAAGUCGGGAGAUGGAGCAGCCGGUGCACUCCGACGACUGCCUCGAUCUCCUGCAGAGGUCUUCAGCGUCCGAGUCCCGCUGCAGCGGCCUCAUCGACUUCCAGCCGCCUGAGGUUUAUCUGGACCCCAGGACAGCCAACCCGUGGCUCGUACUGUCCGAGGACGGGCGACGUGUUCAGGACGGGGAUGUCGAGCAGGACCUACUGGACCUGCCGGAGCGCUUUGACACCGUGCCGUGCGUGCUGGCCACCGAGGGUUUCACUGCAGGGAGGCACUACUGGGAGGUGGAGGUGGGGGACAAGACCUCCUGGGAUCUGGGGGUGGCUCGGGGCUCCGUGAACCGGAAGGGCUCGGUGACGCUGAGCCCUCAAGACGGAUACUGGACCGUUUGUCUGAGGAGGGCCAAUGAGUACCGGGCCUGCGCGGCACAGGCGCAGCUCCUGCGUCUCCCCGAGAGGCCGAAGGUCAUCGGGCUAUUUUUGGACGUAGCCGACGGGACGGUGUCUUUCUACGACGCCGAGGCCAAGUCGCACAUCUAUUCCUUUACGCACGUUGACUUCACGGAGGCCAUAUUUCCCCUUUUCAACCCGGAGGUGAGCGACGGCGGAAGGAACAGCUCGCCGCUAAUCAUCCGACCGGCGGACUCAAGCGUGAGUUUAGAUACUGUCACAAUAUGA